AUGAGCAGUAGAUCUGAUGUUGGGGAGAGCUCUAAAGUGAAAGGAUCGUCACGGCAAACCAUUUUGAAGCAAAAGGAUGAACUCAGCAAAUUGGUUGCUGCGAUUGAAGGUGCUUCGGCAAAAUUGGGGGGGAAUCUUCAGUUCGUUCCUCCACAGAAGGUAGCAGGUCAAGCAAUUUACCGUAUGCGUAGUGAGAAUGUUCCAGUCGAAGCUGCCUUUUGGGAAUCGUCUGUUGCCUGUUUUGUGCUGGGUUCCAAUCCUCCAGUCUGGCUUAUGGAGGCUAAUUUCAAAAAGCUCUGGGUGCGUCUGGGUAUUGAUAACGUGAUUUGUCUUCCCUCUGGUAUUUUUGUUGUUAGAGAGGUGGAAAGGGUCCCUAUGUGGAUCCAAUUGCAUGGACUUACUAUUGGUUAUCCUAUCACUGCUUAUGAAUUCACUUGUAAUUGGGAUAGGAUCCAGUAUGCUCGAAUCUUGGUUGAUAUGGAGAUUACAGAUUCUGUCCCUGACAAGAUUGUAUUCGAAGAUGAGCAUGGUAAUGUUAGAACCCAGAAGGUUGGGGGAAGUGUAAUUAAGGUUAAGCGGACUCAUCCUGAAUGGAGAAAGGUCACACCUACUAAGACUCUUGAGCUUAAGGAGAAACAACCAGUGGAAAUCCUUCGUAAGGACAUGUCUACUGUUGACCCUUUGAGGGAGGUUGUCAGCAAAGUGUUAGAAGUUGGUGAUAGUCAGCAGGAACAUGAGAUUGAUAAAGGUUUGCAGGAGAGCAAACAGCAGUUACCGAUGUAA